AUGCCGCCCCUCAGCCCGCUUGAUGAGGUGUGUACCGACAGAGAAGUACGAGGAGGCAUACGCUGCUUGUCGGAAGUAGAAGACGCGGAAAAUGACGAGAUUGACGAGAUUGAAGAUUACUAUGUACUGGAUGAGCCGCAGGUAAUCUUGUCUAGCGACGAAGAGGACCCCGAUACCAGCGACUCUGACGCUAGCGACGAAGAUAUGUUUGAUGACAGUGAUGAAGAGGAUCCCGCCGAUACAGGCGAUGAGGAACUGGACGUCAGCGACAAGGGCAAGUCAAGCGUGCGAGAAGAAGAAACACGAGAGGAAGCCGAGUAA